AUAAUUUUCUUUAUGAAAUAGGUAUAUUACAAUGCCAGUGAUGGUGAUAUUUUCUUGAUUUUCAUUUAGGUGACUUUACAUUGGAUACAUGGCUCACAGUAAUGAAUCCACGGUAUCUGAGUUUGUGCUUCUGGGACUCUCUAAAUCUUGGGGACUUCAGCUUUUACUUUUUACCAUCUUCUCUGCCAUCUAUGUGGCAUCAGUCUUGGGCAAUGUCAUGAUUAUUGCUAUAAUUUUCUCUGACUCACAUUUGAACUCUCCCAUGUACUUCUUACUCAGUAACCUUUCAUUCAUUGAUGUCUGCCAAUCUAACUUUGCCACUCCCAAGAUGCUUGCAGACUUUUUUGUUGAGCGCAAAACUAUUUCCUUUGAGGGUUGCAUGACCCAGAUAUUUCUUCUUCACAGCUUUGUUGGAAGUGAAAUGAUGUUGCUUGUAGCUAUGGGAUAUGAUAGGUUUGUAGCAAUAUGUAAGCCACUACACUACAAUCUAAUUAUGAAUAGGAGGUUAUGUAUAAUGUUUGUGUCUAUAUCCUGGGCAGUAGGUAUUCUUCAUUCUGUGAGCCACUUGGCAUUUACGGUGAACCUGCCAUUCUGUGGUCCCAAUGAGGUAGAUAGCUUCUUUUGUGAUCUUCCCUUGGUGAUAAAACUUGCUUGCAUGGAUACAUACAGAAUGGAAAUUUUGACGUUGGCUAACAGUGGCCUGAUAUCACUGAGCUGUUUCCUGGCUUUAAUCGUCUCCUAUAUCAUCAUUUUCGUCACUGUCCGGCAUCAGUCCUCCAGCGGGUCAUCCAAAGCACUUUCUACACUAACUGCCCACAUUACGGUAGUGAUUCUUUUCUUUGGGCCUUGUAUUUAUUUCUACAUAUGGCCUUUUAGCAGACUGUCUGUGGAUAAGUUCCUUUCUGUCUUCUAUACUAUCUGUACUCCUUUACUGAAUCCUGUCAUAUAUUCUCUGAGGAAUGAAGAUGUUAAGUCAGCCUUGAGGAAACUGAGAAACCGCCAUGUAAAUCCUGGGAAAAACUAAGGAUCUCUUUGAAAGAGUCUCAUAUUGACUUAAAAUCAAGAGCCUCCCGGAUAUUCUAGAAUCAUGCAAAUUAUCUUUGUUUGUGAUAAAAACGGUUAAAUUAUGGAAAUGAGCCAUCAUAUGUUCACUGCUUGUCAUAUUGGCACACAAUCCCAUCUCCUAUGUCAUGCUUAAUUUCCAAACGAAAGCAAUAUACACAUUAUAAUUUUGCCCAACAUGAUAUAACUAUCCCAUGUAAAAUCACAAACAUGUUGUUAUGUGUUUACCUAGGCCAUCAUUACAUCAAAUGCAAUGUAACUACCCUAUGUACAGCUGUAAAUGCAUUACAUAUUUUAGAAUAGGUAACAAUGUCCCUUGAAGGAUGUUUUAAUAUUCUAUAAUUUAAAUAUGAUAACCACUGAUAUUCUCUUAACUGAUGUUACCUUACAUGAUAAAGCAGUUGAAGAAAAAGACAUAAAUAUCUGUACAAACACAUUCUUAACAGGAUAUGACAGAAUCAUGAAAAUUAUAACCCUCAUUCUAAAACAGGUCAUAAGCUUUAGGUGGUAUUUAUAAAAGUACAUACCUAUAGUACCCAUUAUUUAUUUUCUUCACCCUCAGCAAGCAUCUUGGGAGGUCUUGGGUUUUUUUCCUAGAGGGGGUGAGCCAAUCCACUAUUCCUGAAGGGUUGGGGCUUUUUGUUAAUCUGCUUGGAUUAGAUUGUUGCAGUCCCCAUUGACUUUAAUUACAGAAUAUGUUAACACUAAGAGUUACCUUAAAGAUGUCUACAGACACUACAGACACAAUUCUUCCUGCCUCCACUGUGGAUAAACAACCCAAAUUCUUCUUCAUUAUUCCUUCUUUAGCCUGUUGGAAGGGCAUCAGAAUCCCAAAGUGGCCAUAGUGAGAUUUCAGCUUUUAGUUCAACUAAAUAUUUGUUGUGUCUUCUGACAGAAGUGCUCUCCUCUCUGGAAUGAAAGCUUCUAUACCAGCAGAACUUAAGGUCAUGGGAACAGGAAACUCAGAUUUUCCUGAAUCAUUCCAUUUUGUGCUCACUGAUUCCUGGACUCUUGUAUCUCAGUGUUAGGGGGAAAAUCAUACAAUUUGUUGGAUGAUAAUUCAAAGCAUGCACUUCCUUCUGAAGAACACUGACUAACAACCUUCCAGACUGCUGCCAACAAAUUGACUCUACAAUUAUGUCUUCAAAAGGCCCUUCCAUUGUUCUGUCAGGCCACUUGCUUUAGGAUGAUAGGGA